ACCGCGGUGCAUGUGGGCAAACACCUCUGUCAACAGCCACAGCAGAGAGCGCACCAUGGGCUUCUCGGAGCUGCUCCACACCAUCGGCGGCAUGGGAAAGUUCCAGAUCCUCCAGACUGCUCUCAUGAUGUUCCCCGCCCUCCUGAUCAGCUGUCACAACUUUCUGCAGAACUUCACCGCCAUAACCCCGGAGCAUCACUGCCGGCCGGCCAACUGGACCAAUGGGUCUCAUGCCCCGGGCGGUGUGGGGGAUGGGGACUUACUGAGGGUCUUCAUCCCCCUGGACAAGGACCAGAAACCUGAGCGGUGCCUGCGGUUCUCUGAGCCCCAUUGGCAGAUGCUAAGCCUCAACGACACCUCCUCUUUAAGCUUGGACACCGAGGUCUGCCUGGAUGGGUGGGUGUAUGACCAGAGUGUUGCCUCCUCCAUCGUUUCUGAGUGGGACUUGGUGUGCAAGCACAAGUCACUGAAGUCCAUUGCCCAGUCCAUAUACAUGAUGGGACAGCUGGUUGGAGCUACUGUCUUUGGCAUCUUCUCUGACAGGUGUGGACGCAAGACGGCGCUGCGGAGCGGGAUACUGCUGAUGAUGGCCGCGGGCACGAGCGCCGCUUUCUCGCCCACCUUCCUGGCCUACUGCGUGCUCAGGUUCCUCAGCGGGAUGGCCAUGACCGGCAUCAUUAUCACCAGCCUCUGCCUCACCAUGGAGUGGACCCCGACGCAGAGGCGGACGCUGGUGAAUAUCUACACCAUGUACAUGAUCACGUUGGGCCAGGUGGUCCUCACAGGCCUGGCCUACCUCAUCCGCCCCUGGCGCUGGCUCCAGGGCACCCUAUCUGUCGCCUACGUGAUCAUUCUUCUGUACUCCUGGGGUCUGCCAGAAUCGGCUUGCUGGCUCAUCACCCACAACAAACUUGACAAGGCUGUGAAAAAUCUGCAGGCUGUGGCAACAUUAAAUGGCAGAAAGGAGCAGGGGAGGAAACUCACUCCAGAGGUAGUAAGGCUCCACAUGCAGGAGGACACAGCUGCUAUCAAGGAGACCCCAUUCCUCCUUGAUCUCUUCCGCACUCCGGGACUCCGCAGGACAACUUGCUGUAUCGCCCUGGGAUGGUUUUCCGCAGGCUUCUCCUUUUUUGGGCUGGGUUUGGAUGUGCAGAAAUUUGGGUUCAACAUCUACUGGACACAACUGCUGUUUACAGUCGUGGAUUUCCCCAUGAAGCUGGUGACGGGCCUGAGCAUGGGCUACUUUGGCCGCCGAAUCACUGCCAUUUCUUUGCAGCUGGCGGCCGGUUGCGUGAUCCUUGUCACCUCAUUUCUUCCUCGAGACUUGAAUACCUUUAAGAUGAUCCUCUGUUUGUUUGGGAAAGGGAGCCUGGCCGGCUGUUUCAGUUGUCUCUACCUAUACACCAUGGAGCUCUUCCCAACCGAAGUCAGGCAGACCGGGAUGAGUGCUGGGAUCUUCAGCACACGCCUGGGCUCCCUCUUGUCCCCCCUGGUCUACAUCCUGGGCAACCAUAGCCCAGUGCUACAGCCGGUGAUGUUUGGCCUGGUCCCUAUCCUGGCAGCCACAGCGGGCUCCUUCCUGAUAGAGACCAACAACCAGCCGUUGCUGAACACCAUCCAGGAGACAGAGAAGAGAGUGAAGAUGGCUCGUGACAAGCAAAGAAACGUCAGUGAAAAUACCACAAAGAAAGGAUUGGCCUCACUUCUCCCAGAAAAGACAAAAGUCGAAUGUACAGUGUGAUUUCUCCGGACCCACACCUAUAUUCUGAAUGGCCCUUCCUCUCUCUUCACUUUCUCAUGUUUUGGAAAUGUGACACGUCUUGCCAAGGAAAUGCGGUGGCACCCCACUUGACCACCACGGAAAGCAACGAUAGGGCUGUGCUCUGGAAAUAUUAUAAGGCAGAUGAGUCAUUCGACUUAGAGACCAACGAGAAAUGACACAUACUGGACAAUCUGUGACACUUGAAUAUGAAGAAAGAGCUUUAAGUAGAUAUGAAGGAAUCCGUCAAUCUUGUGAAGUGGCGUCAGGUAACAGAAGCCAACGUCCCUUUUUAAAAAAGGAAAAAGAUGUGAAGCUGAAGUAUUUAGGAAUGAAAUGAAACAUCGGGAAUUUGCUUUAAAAUUCUAGAAAACAGGGUUGAAGCAGGGAGUUCCUUGAUCUUCCUACAUUGGGAAGUGUUUGGAAAAUUUUUUAAGAUUUUAUUUAUUUAUUUGGCAGACAGAUCACAAG